AUGCACACAUGCUCCGCUUACCAACAUCGUACUCCGUACGCUUCAUCCGGCUCACCACUUAGAGGAUAUCACUCACUUCCUCGACAUGAUGACAAUGUAUUCCCCACCUACUCAGCAGUUCGAGGACUAACACCAAGGUGUCGCCGUCUGUCAACAGCCGCAGCUGACUGCCGACUGAGAAGCAGUGGUAGUGAUGGAAGAAAGUCGCCUUCCUUUGCAUCCGGCUCGCCUGAUGGCGCUUCACACAUGGAUUGUUCGCUGGAGUAUCUAGCAGAUCUUGUCAAGGAGAAAAAAGAUCUAGAAAUGUUUGUGGAUAACUUUCAACACGUUGAACGUCUCCUUAAUGAGGGUUCGUCCAAAAUUAAUAUAUCGUAUAAAACCAAAUUAGAAAAGGGCACAGCGCGUCGACACUGCGAUUUAUCGUGA